AUGGAUGAGAACCAUGACCCUCCCUCGGCAGAGAGGCCUCGAGAGGCCGAGGAGGUUUCGCCUUCUCCGGUGGAGAGUCCGAAGCUUGCGCAUGGAAUGCGCAGGCAGAAGCGAGCGCGAGGCGAGGAAGUCGAGACCGAGCGGGAGGACAAAACACUGCGAAAAAAAUGCAGGCCUUCCUCUACUUCUUCAGGUGCCUAUGCGUUAACUCCUCCUUGUCGCCUCUCUUCUCCUUCACCGUCUUCUUCGUCCUCCGCUUCUGCCUCUUCGUCGUCCGCCUCUUCUUCGUCUGCCUCUUCUCCUCUCUCUUUGUCUUCCUUCUCGGCUUCCUCUUCUUUUCCUUCUGUCUCUUCUGCCUGUUCUGAAACUCGGAACUAUCGGCAGAAGCGCGUCUUGCUUGGAGGAGCAGAAGAGCAUGAUGGAGAGGCCUGGCUCUCGGCUGUCAAGACGCUGGUUAGCGGAACUCUUCGAGCGUCUCCAUCUCCUUCACUCCUCGCUUGUCCUGCUUGUCUCUCUUCUUCUCCCCAGUCUUUCUCUCUCUCGCCGCAACUCUCGUUGUCUUCUCCUUCUCUUCCUCCUCCUUCUUCGCCUUCGUCGCCUUCUUCGCCUUCUCAUUCUUUUUCUUCUGCUUUCCUUUCUUCGUUUUCUCGUCUGCUUUCUUCCUUGGCUCCUGGCGAGAGGGCUGAGCGCCUCUUCUCUGCAGAGUCUUCUCGUCCCUGCGGCGGGUGCCUUGCAUGCGGUCACAGGCGACUUUCUGCGCUGGUGACUUCUCUUGUCGCUAAGAGGAAACCUCCCAGCGAGCGAGAUGACAGAGCGUCUUCAGCGCGAGCUUCGGCGACUCGUCAAGCAGCGCAUGCUUCCCCGUUCUCAGACGAUUCUCGCGCUUCACUGUCUUCAUCUGUGACAGACAGGGUCUCCCUUCCACGUUCCUCUUCGUCGCCUCCUGUAUCUUUUUUUUCAGCUUCUCUGCUUCACACAGAAGCUGCUUUUCGGGAGCCGGAGACGACGAGUUCUGCAGCGCAGAUCCUCUGCUUGGUUCUCCGUGUCUCCCUAGCUUAUCUGGAAAACGAAUUGCCCUCCUCAGCGAAUGCACGCUCUCCCCUUUCUUCGUCUUCCCCGCUCUCCCUUUCUUCUUCAUCGUCUUCUUCCUUGUCGUCCUCUUCUUCGUCUUCUUCGGAGAUCCGCCUUCAAGCCUGUCUCUCUGUGCUUCUUCUUGCGCUCUCGGGACUCAACCUCCUGCUUCACCUUUCGCGUCCCCGCACUCGGUUGUCGCCAGAGGCGUCUUCGAGCUCUGCGUUCUCAUCGGUGUCUUCUCUCCUCUCUCCCUCGUCGUUGUCUCCGCUGGAGCUUCCGCGGCUGUCCGCCUUCUCGCUUCAGUCUUCAAGGCCUGCGGGAGUUCUCCCUGGGGAGGCGCAGCCGGCGAGAGCCGUUACCUCGAGUCUACGCAGGCCUCGAGAGACGCCAAGAGGAGAGAAACGAGAGGAAUCGAAAGCCGAAGCGAAUAGGAACGAGACCACGAUCUGGACCUCGAGCUACCGCGCAUCUCUGCGGAUCCUCCAAUUUGCCUCUCGAGUGCUCUCUUCUUCUCGGUCUGGUGGCGUCACUGGGCGAUGGAUUGCAGGUGCGAGACAGGGCGAACUUGCGGGGGUGAGUCUCGUCCUUUCGCGGAGGCUCCUCGAUCGGCUUCUCUCUCACUUGGUCUGCCGGAUUUCCGCUGCAUGCGCCACCAACGCUCAAACAGUGAAACACCCAAGCCAUAGCCUUCCUCGAGAGCAUGCGGCUGGCGUCGCCCACCUGGCGUCUGUCUCGGCUUCCUCGUCUUCUUCUUGUUCUCCUCCUUCUCCUUCUUCUUGGGAGUCUUCUCUCCUCUCUGUCGCUGCGCUGCUGCAAGGCGAGGCAGGCUUCUGCGGGUCGCUCGCGGACAGCUUGGGCCUCUCUGUUCGUUUUCAUCUGGCCAUUGUUGCGUUGUCUUUGGACUCGGAAGCGGCGGACGGAGGAAGGUCUGUAGAUGGCGACGAAAAUGGCGACAAGCCGGGGAAGCCGGAGAGCCUCGAGCGAUCCAACAGCCGCGUCGUGGGCAGACCAGAAGCGACAGAGUUCGCGAGACGUCACGCACGAGGAGGCGCGUCCUCCGCCGUCGAGGCACCGUCGACAGAAAGCGAGGAUACGAAAAAAAGAAGAGAGGGAAACGCAGAAAUCGGCACUCUUUCUCUCGCCUGUCAAGGCCUGCUUGAUAUGCCAUGGGAGGCCCUGACCGGGGCGCUUCUCUUGGGGAGGCUCUUUCAAAAAAGGACGCUGAAGGAGCACGGCGAAGAGACGUCGAGAGAACACACUGCAAAUCGGCCUCUGGACGCGAGAGUCGAAAAUGCAAACGACCCAGAGAAAUCAGACACAGAGCCACCCGGCGCGGCCUCACUACCUGUUCUCUCUGUCUCGCCUGUCUGUCCUGCAAGUUCUUUUGCUUCCUAUUCUCUCGCUUGCAUACAUGUCCUCUCAGUGCCGGAUGCGAUUCUCCUUCCUCUCCGUCGUCUCGUCGCUUCGCUGUCUCUCAAAGAGACUGACACAGUUUCCUCUGCACCGGAGAAGACGGCGCGAGGCGAAGACCCUCACUUGCUCGCACGGAUCGGUCUCCAAGGGAUGCGUCGCACUCUGCUGGCCUGGCUUCGCUCGGGUGUUUGGACAGCUGCCUUCGCGGAGGAGGCCGUUCAGAGGGCCCCGAAGGAGGUGGAGGCGCUUCUCCACCACUGCAAACAAUUCGCGAAGUUGGCGGUCUCUCUGGAGCGACCAAGGCCUGACAAGAGCGAGGACGAGCGAAGAGGCGCGCGACGCGAGGCGACGAGGGAUCUGAGUUCCGCCGCGUUCGACAGUGUCGACGAUCUUCUGCUCGUCUGUUCAGAGCUGACAUCUGUUUUCGCGUCCUCCUCUUCCAUGGCCUCGCCGUCGGCUGAGUGCGACCGCUCUUCUCCCUCCGUCUCCUCUCCCUGUCUCCCCCCUUCUCAGUUCCUCGUCGCCGUUGCUCCAUUCGAUGCGUGCGCCGGACUGAUUCUUGCUGACGGCCAUCCUUUUUUCUCUUCUUCUUUCUCGUCUCGCUCUUCUUCUUCUUUCUCUUCUCUCUCUUCGACGCGGCCUCGGUGCCUGCACUCUGCCGAGGGCGAGGGCGCCUGCGUUCGAAAGAGGUGCGACAGUAACGGCGAGGAGCCGGGGGAGAAAGCGGAGAGCGAGAAUGCAGGCGACGCAAGAGGGGAAAAGAGCAAAGAUGCGAAGCGGGUGAGGCAGGCCGCAGAGCUCGUCUGCCUCGUCUUCCGUCUGCGCCACCAGGUCGCGCGUUCUCUCGCUCUCUGCCUUGAGAGGACGACGAAGGGCAAAGAACUGGAGCACCGGGGAAACGACCGUGCCGACGAAAUGUCGAGCGACAAGCAAGGGGACAAGAGAGCAGAGAAAAGAGCAGAAAAGGGAGAGAGGCGCACGGAGCCUUCACGAGCUCGAGGGGUCCAGGAAGAGUUGCAAAGCAGAAGAGAAGCGUCGAUCGUCUUGCGCGAAGAAUCGCCGAGACACACAGAGGAAAGCAUUUGUGAAAUACUCGCAAUGUGCCGCCUCGACGCGUUUCUCUGUACCCUCACUUGGAGACUCGCACCUUUCCUUAUCCACAUCCCAUCUUUGUCUUCCUCUCUCUCCUCUUCUUCUGGCGCGUUUGUUUCGUUUCCUUCUUUUGCUUCUGCGGCCUCUCGCUCCUCUUCAUCGUCGUCUUAUCCCUCUUCCUUCUCUAUCUCUGCUUCGGCGUCUCUCUCACCAUUCGAAAGCUGGAUCGCGUCUGCGGAGUUCAACGCAAAUUCCCUCGGUCGCCACCUGGAGCUUUUGCUGAGCUGCAUUCGCCCUUCGUCACCGCAUUCUCGACUUCCGUCAUCGCGUCCUUCCUCUGUUUCUUCUUGUGCGCCUGCCCCCCUGGCGUCGUCGUCUCGGUCGUCUUCUGUUGCUUCUUGGAUAGGGCAAGAAGCCGCGAAUUUUGGCGAGGAAAUCGAAGACCUCUGCGAGGCAGUGGCACAGGCGUCUUCCGGCUGGUGCCAAGUUUUUCUUCCUUCUCUCUUGAGCGCGAGCGACGGCCCCCCGCGAGAGGUGGGGAACAGAGUGGAGACUUUCCGAGAGAGGGGAGGGGCGACGCCGAGACUCCCAGGUGAUGACGCAGAAGCAGACGGCGACCGCAGACGCGAAGGCAAGGACGAACUCACAGAUAACCGUCGCUUGCUUUCGAGCACUGAGAGACUCGUCACCUCGACGUUUCGCGUCUUGCUUCGAUCCGCGCAAACGGUCUUUCUAUUCAGUGAAUGGAUUCGAACCGCAAGUGCCACGAUGGACUCUUCUUCACCCUCGUUUGCUUCUUCUGCCUGCUGUCUUGGACCGUCUCGUUCUGGGGGUGCGUCGCCUUCUUCUGUCUCUGCGUCGUCGCUCUCGUCCUCGUCUGCCGCGGCUUCGCCUUCUCUCCCGCCUUUCGUUUUCUCGUUCUCCACUCCGCGACCGUGCACCGGCCGGGGGUGUUUCCCCGAGCUGGGGCGCGCGCGCAUGCGUCUGGAGCGCCUGGUCGCAGGCUUGGUCCGCGGCCGGCGAAAAGGCAACGAGGAGGCAGAAGCGGAGGCCAAAGACGCCGCUUGGGGGAAACGAGAAGCUUCGCCUUUCUGCUUCGAGGGUGGGUCUGCACUGCGCGCGAGCUUCGUUCUUCUCCGCCUUUUUACGAGACUCGCCAUCGACUCGAACCUCCAGCGUCUCCAGAGCAAGACGACCAAGUCACCUCUCAACAGGCGCUGCAGGUCGGCACUCGCGGCAGAUGCAGACUCGGUGAAACCGGCGGACGCGCAGAAGGUCGCGAAGCCGGUGGUCGCGACAGACGCCCCCAGGAGCCGCGAAGGCGGCGGCCUGAAGAGCGACGAGGAAAAUGAAGACGCGAGCCCGGUUGCAACAGAGGACGAAUCGGAGAAAACACUUCUCUCGCCUUGGCAUUCAGUUGCCCGCGUCUUCGCCGAAGCCCUGCAGGCAUGGCGAAGUGACUUCCUUCUUCCUCUCGAACCUUUCUGUCCGCGGCAGGCCGCUUGCGCCUCGUGCGAGGCGGCGCCCACGACGCCGGACUGCUGGCGAGCCUUCUUGCCUGUGCCGGAGAUUCUUUUUUCGCGCUUUACGCGCGAAGUUAUUUCCUCCGCCAGGCGGCGCUUCUGCAGAGCCGACGCCCUCGCGGCCUUCCCAGCCUUCCUCAGCGAAGGCAUUCUCCCUUCCCUUCGCCUCCUCGUCUCCUCGCCACCCUUUCGCGUCUCCUCUGUCUCCGCGCUCGAGACGCGCAGGCAGCCUGCAGGCCCCGACGCGGGAGAGAGAGAAAAAAAAGAACAAAAUCGAGCACAAGCCAGUGGAGAAGAAGACUCCGAAGAAGCAAGGAGCGGAGCAGAAGUCAAGCGAGGAGAUGUGCACGGCAAAGACGCGGCAGACGCUGGCGUUGCUGGUGUGCGUGGACGGUCACGGGGCGACAGGGAACGAGAAGAGGAGGAAGGAAGAAGGCGACAUGCGACAGUAGACCUGGAGUCUCGAGGACCGUCCGAGAGGCUUCUGGAGGGAGGGGAAAGCACAGGAGUGAAGGCGCAUGCGUUAGGUAAGAGUUCAGACUCUGAGGAAGCCUUCUUCGGGGACCAGGCGAAACAAGAGAAACGCGCGUUUCUCGCAGAUGGACUCGCUUCGUCUCUCUCAGGCGCUUCGUCUCAGUCGCCUCUUUUGAUGCGUCGCCGGUGGAGAGAGCACGCUGCUCGACGCGCCGGCGUCUGUUCACCUGAAAGGAAGCAUAUGACUUCUCUCGCUUCUCUUUCUGAAUCGCCUUCAUUGUCGGUGGCUUCAUCUUCUGCUCCUUCCGCCCCUACUCCUCUCUCUUCCUCUGCUGCGUCUUCGUUCUCUCGAGAGGCAGAAGGAGAAGAAGAAAGGAGAGAGACGAAAGGAGACGACGGGUGGCGGACGCCUGUUCGCAGGACUGCAGAAGCUGCGCAAGUUUGGACGAAGAGAUGCGAAGGAGACACAACAGUCAAGAGAAACGAAGAACGAUUUGAGAGCCGGGAAGAAGGAUCUGACGAUGGGGACUCCGAUUCGCCGUUUUGUUCCCCCGUCUCUUCCGCCCGCUUCUCUCCUUUCUCUGAAGACGCUGCUUCCCCCCUGAGAACGCCCCCGCCUCGCAGCUCCAGACUGCAUUCUUCUUCAGGUGAAUCUCUCUCUGUUGUCACUCCACCGCCUCCUUUCUCUGCUCUCUCGCGCGACUCAGUGGUCUCUGCUGCGCCCUCGUCUUCUCCCUUCAGCGCCCCGAGAGGCAGGCGUCUGCCGGGGCAUCGAACGCCGCUCGGCAGUCGUCGCGCUGGCCGCGGCCUCAGUGCUCUACAGCAAAGUCGCAUUUCUUCUGUUGUCUCUCCUCUCGCCUCCCUGCACACUCAUCUUUCUCGCGACCCAUUCUCUCCUGCUGCUUCUCCCAAGUCCUUUCCUUCUUGUCACCUUUCUCCCCUUUCUUCACGAUCGUCUUCUCUCUCGCCUCUUUCUUCUCGCAUUCCGUCUACUCGCUUUCCUUCUCCUUCGUCUCCUCUCCCCUCACGCCUUGCUUCCUCACCCUCCUCUUCCUCUGCUGGUAAGGCGUCUGACGCGCCUGUCUCUGCGGAAGCGGCGACGCACAUGCCGCAGCGGGGAAGAGAGGUUUUUCAACGACGCGACCUGGAAACGCAAGAGGAAGUCUGUGAAGGCCAGCGAGACAGAGACGUCAUUGGAAACGAAAGGGAGACUGCGAGGGGCGUCUUCGCUACAGAGCCUCCGACGCCAGCUCUGCGCGACCGCGAGGACAAACCGCACGCAGCCUCGCCUGUCUCUCAUCUGCAGUCCCUACGGAGACUGAGAACUCCACGCCGCGAGGCAGUACCUCUUCUUCGUCACCACCACUCGGAGAAAGAAAAACAAGACGAGCCUCACACGAGAAGUCAAGUUCUCGAAGCGGAACUGGCCAAACGAAAUCGCCCCUCCGACGACGUUGCUUCUUCUCCUUCGUCUCCGGCUUCUCCUUCGUCUCCUCUCUCCUCUCCUCUCUCCUCUCCUCUCUCCUCUCCUCUGUCUUCUGUGUCACUUGCCUCGUCUCAAUUGCCUGCUUUGUUUGCGCCUCCUGUUUCUUCUCCUGCGUCUUUUCCCCUAUCUCCCGCCCAGUUUGCAUCGAGUACGAUUUCUUCUUCUGUCAGCCAAAAGCGGACGUUCCCUUUGUCUGGUCCUCUGCCUGCGGGUGUCCUCGCGCCUUCUGCUCCGACGUCUCGCUGUGCUUCUUCCUCGAAAGAAAAAGAAUUCAACUGCGUUGUUGUGAACGCGCAGCGAGAAGAGGUUGAGUCUCCGCGACCAGGCCCGGAGCGCAAUCUGCAUGCUUGUCUGUCUGUCUCGGAGCCUUCGUCCUGUUGUUGGUCUUCCGACUUCCGCAGGUCGUUUCAGUCUCUGUUCGCGCCUCACCUUGAGGCCUUUGUCUUCGCUACCAAAGUGCUUCAAGACUCUCUGCUUGCCGCCAAGAACUACGCCGGGGCCGGGCGCGCCGCGAGCGCCCUCCUGCACGAGGUGUACGUACACUGCAACGAGGUCCUGGUUGGCGCAUGCAGUCUCUGUCUGCAGUCCGAUGCCACCCGACAGAAAGUGACGCAUCUCGUCUCUUUCUUCGAGCCGACGACGCGUCGCCAGGAGGCAGACGACUCACAAGCAAGUGAAGAGGAGGAGGAGAAGAAGAAGAAAAAGUCGAAGGAGAAGGAUGAAUACGCUGAGGGAGAAGGAGGGGAUAAGGGAGGAGGUUGGGUGAGAGAACGAGCGCGAGAAGGGAGAAGGAUUGGACGACGGGGGAGGGAGCGCGGUCGUUCUCUCCAGCAGCAGACGCAGAGAAGAACAGACAGGGCUGAGGGUGAGAGUGACAGCGUCGGAAAGCGAGAGUUGGAGAAUGCAGCAAGCGAAGUCGAAGAGGACGACUUCAGGAAGAAGAACGCGAGUCACAUGUCCAUGCUUGUUGAGGAAAUAAGAGGCAUUUUGAGGCGAGGUCUCAGGUCACAUAUUCAGGCGCUUCUGUCCCAAAAGACGACGAUUCAACCUUACGUUCCUCUGUCUUCUUCGUCGCAAACAAAGUUUCAACUUCCUUCUUUUGCCUCGUCGACCAUUCGGUCGCCUCUUUCGCCUUGCGCCUCUCCCCGUACGUUCUCGUUUUUCUCGCUCCCUCGACUGUUACUCGAUCCGCCUCACUCACAGUCUCACGCCGACUCGUACGGACCCAGUCACCAGCAGCCAGAGGAGAUGUCGAAGCUCGGCGAAGGCGCUCACAUCUCUUUCUCUCGUCUUGCGUUUCUCGCUGCAACGAUGGAAGAGGAACUGGCUGUUCUCGUUGUCACGAAGGACGGAAGCCGAGCCUCUCUUCUUCGCCGCCUGCUUCUCGCGUCUGUCGCGCGCUCGGCCGAUUCUCAGGUGUUGCCGGAGUUCGUUUCUUCUCUCCUCACGGGUCUGCGAGGCCUGGCGGUGGCUACGCAGCGCGCCUGGUCGGUGGCUGUCUCCUCUCGGCGAGUUUCGAGAACGCAGGAAGCUGCUGAGACAGGCAGCGGAGACGAAGGCGCUGCUGCGGAGGCGCGUCGGACGGUACGCCCGCGCACCGCGAGCGAAGAGAGAAGCGCGUUCUGGACUCCAGACAGACGCGGCGUAGACGGCCGAGAAGCUGCGAAGGGAGACAAAGGGGGUUUCAUACGCGAAACGCGGCCGCGAGGUGAAGAGGCAGAGAACUCGGCGUUGUUUUGGGGUGUCCAGAUCAGUUUCUCGGCGACAAACAUCGCGGCGCUUUCUCAGCGAUUCCUCGGAGAGUCCUGGGCGCUUGCAUGCGCGAAGGAAACGCGGCUGGAGCAAGCGGAAGAGGAGCGACGGCGCCAGGCUGCGUUGACUCGUCUCGCUGCUUCGUCAGGAGAAAACCAGCAAAAGACGCCCACAACUGAGUGCGAGAAAGGAGCGCCACAAACCGACAGAGUCGCGCUUCAAGGUGGGCGAGGCCGGGAAGGAGGCCCGGACAGUCAGGAGGGGAACUGCGGCGCCGAAGACAACCACAAACCGUCAGUUGCUGCAGUGAGAACUGGCAAGAGAGCCAGGGGGGGAGACGAAGGGAAGGGGAGAGACGCGACGGUCGACAAGGAGACAAAGGAGACAGUAAAGAAGCAACAGACGGCGAAUCUCGUCAAGGCAACAGCGGAGAAUGGAAAUGCGCUGCUCCAGAUCCUCCACACAGUCCGCUGCUUGCUGGUCAACACACAGGCUUUUCUCUCUCCGUCUCUUUCUCAGAGUCCAGGUUGUUCUUCUGUUUGCUCGUCUUCUCGCCGGAAAGUCUCUGUCCAGCACAAGACCCUCAGAGGGAAACGCGAAAGCGAGGCGCUCGUCGCCUUUCUCCUCGCUGAGGUCUCCCUCCUGCAGUCCGUCUCGCUUCUCUCUGGUUGGGCGAUAACGAUGCGUAUCGAAGAAGAAGAGAGAACGAGCGAGGAGGCGGAAGAGGCAAACAGAUGGCGGACAGAAGCCGGAAAGGACUUCAGCUGGGGAGAAGUUUCAGAGACGAGCGAGGAAGAAGACGCGUGUAGGUCGCAGUCCAACUCGAACGGGGGGUGUGGAGAGGCGGCGUUCUCGUCUUUUGACUUCCUUGUCUCGUCACGAACCUUGUCAGGUCUUGAAAGCGGCUCUUCCGCCAUUCCUGCAUCGUCUGCCUGCGCGUCGUUUCUUCUUCCUCUGGAUGCCGAAGAUGCGCGCAACCGCGGCCUGAGAGUCAGCUGGUGGCGAAACGCCCUGAGGCGCCAGGCCGCUGCCCAGAGGUACGCCCAUGCGUCGCUCUCCUUUUUCCUUUCUUUCCUUCUUUUUCUCGAGCCGGCGAACGAGGCACAGCGCACCCGCCGCAGACAUCUCGCGGCGCAACCGAACGCAGAUCCAAAGAGCCUUGAAGGAGAAAGGGGAACGAUACGCACAGCCGAUACGCGAGAGGAAGGAGAAACAGACGAGAGAGCAGGCCGAGGCGAUGCGAACGUGCACAGUGACGGCGACCAGGAGCUUUCGAAGCGUUCGCCAGUCUCCAUUUCACGAGUGUCUUCGGCACCGUUAAGCGCUUCCCCUUUGCAGCAGGCGUCUCUUGUCGCUUCGCAUCUGCGGAGACAAACGAAGAGCACAGAUCUGUUGACACUGGACGGCUGGAGGCGCCGCCUCGCCUGCCUGAGGAGGCCCAACGCACUUUCAGAAACGCGACAUUCAUGCAGUCCCAGCGAAGUUCGAGAAAUCGAUGAAAGAGAAAAAAGACGAGAACAUGAGACCGAGAAAAAGGAAACACACAGAGCCUCCUUCGCCCCGUCUGACUUCACAUUCUCUUCCCCUCCCAUUUCUUCUUCUUUCUCCUGUCCUCCUUCUUUGGGUUCUUCGUUCCGUUCUUCUUCGUUUUCUUUAGAGGCUUGGGUCUUCGACAGUCGACGCCACUCACUGCUAACGUUCUUGAGUCAACUCUUUUGGAUCGGCGAAGCCUGCAAGACGUCAAGCAUCCGAACGGCGAGUCUCCUCCUGUCUCUCGCCCUCCUCGUCCCUGUCUCCGUUUGGGAUUCUGUCUCUCAGGAGCGAUGUGUCUCCUCUCGAGGGCCUCGCAGUCGCAGAGAAGGGGAAGAAAACGAUGUGUUGGCGCCACAGAGAGGCGACAUGCAGCCGAGCAAGGAGCCGGCAGCGAGGCGACAUUCAGCGGCAGAUCGGGAGUUCUCUUCCAGCUUUCCUUUUCGUUCGUCUUCUCCGCCAUCGCAUUCGUCCUCGCGUUCCUCACCUUGUGAUGCCGCAUGCGCCUUGGAAGUUGCAGAUUCUCUCCUCGCCGCAGCGGUCGUUCUUCUCCGUCUCUCUCUUGUCUCCUCUGUUACGCCUUGCUAUUCUGUCUCGCCAGCAACGUCAGCCGACACCGGUGAACGAGGAGAGACAAGGAAGAAGGAGACGGGAGAGGCAUGGGUCAAGCAGAGAGAACAGGUGCGAGCAAGUGCCAGGGAAGCAGUCGAGGCAGGUUCGGAAGACUAUCAGUGGUCGUGCGAGAGGGAAGAAGACUCAGUCCCUGAGAAAGACGAAAUGGAAAAUCAAGCCCCCCAGCGACGAACUCCUAGACCGCGAAAGUCUCUCAAAGUGUCUCCGUUGGUCGCUCCGGCGUUCCAGUGGUUUGACGCUGGAGAGCGGCUGCUGCAGCAGUGGGAGGCUUGCGCAACGUCGUCGCUCUCGUCAGUCUCUGCGGCUUCUUCUCCUCACCUGUUGGGUUGUUAUCUGGAGCACAAAAAACUCGCCGUCGCCGGCCUUCGCCUCCGCGUCGCUCGUCGCUUGUUUGCCGGCGCAGAGAGGCGUCGCCGAACGGAGGAGAUUGCGAAGGAGAUUCAGUCGCUGAUCCAUCUCUCAAAGGUGAAAGCAACCAAGGACUCCACUGCUGCAGAGCCGAAAGACAUUGCGGUUCCUGAAACAAAGGCUCCUCAUUUGACUGCAUGCACGCCAAGUCAGGCGCCUCUCGCAUCUCCUUCUUCACCUUCGCCGCCCCCGGUUAUCACGCCUGCUGGGUUGUCCAACCUUCUGGAGGAGUUGAGUCGCGCGACACUCGAGGCGAGUUCCGUAGGACCUUCUUUUCCUUCGCUGCGGUUCGCCUCUUCUCCCGUUGAGGCUGGUGACAGUUACGGAGCCGCGAGAGAGAAAAUCACAGCAGCCGACGCCUGGCCGCGCGUCGCCCUAUACCCCGGUCUGGGUUUGCUUCUUGGAGACGCCUCCAUCGCUCCUCUGGUGACAGCUCUCCAAGUCGCGCUCGCUUCGUCGCGCUCUGUAUCUUCGAGACGGGAGACGCCUUCCCGAGAGGACUGCGAAACCGUUUCCUCUCAUUCUCCACCCGUCCUCUCUUCUCUCUUCUUAUCGGGACACAGACACACAAACAGACGGAGAGGAAAUCUGUUUCCCCUUGUCUCUUCCUCCUCUUGUUCUCCUCGGACCUCUGCUUCUCCGUCGGCAUCCUGUUCGUCGUCGGCGUUAGCUUCUGUCUCGAGCUGUGUGCCUGUGUCGUAUCUCGAGGUCGUUUUUUCCUUUUCUCUCCCCGACCUCUUGCAGCUGCUCUCUGCUCACCGCUGGGCAGCCGAGGCACACGAGCGAGCAGGCUUCGAGCUCUACGCGCUUCGCGCCUGGGCAACCGCCCUCGACCUCUGCUGUCGGUGGACGCACUGCCUUCCUAUCGCGAUACGCUGCUCUACGGCCCUCGUGCGUCUUCUGCUUCGUCACGGGUACCCCCGCCUAGACGUCUCCGAUUUCUCACUACCUCCGUCCUCCUCUUGUUCGUCUCCUUCCUCCUCUUGUUCGUCUGCUUCCUCCUCUUGUUCGUCUUCUUCCUCCUCUUGUUCGUCUUCUUCCUCCUCUUCUUCGUCUCCUUCCUCCUCUUCUUCGUCUCCUUCCUCCUCUUCUUCGUCUUCUUCCUCCUGUUCUUCGUCUUCUUGUUCGUCCUCUGUGCCCCUCUCUUCCUCCUUCCUCUCUUCGCCUCGCUCUUCGCCUCUGUCUGCUUCGUCCUCUUCGCAGUCUUCCUCUUCUGGUGACGCUGGUGGCUUCCUGCCCUCCCAUCAGUUGUGUUUGCUGACUGCGACUCCUGAGACGUCGUUGUUCCCUCCAGCGCUGCUUCGCGCCUGUUUGGCUGUACUGCCUACCUCUCGUCCUGUCUCUUCCCCGCCGGCUGCUGAGGCCUUCUUACGCUCCGACAGUGUCGCGCAUUUCGCUGCGGACCACAGCCUGUCGCUGCUCUUCAAGCCUGAGUCCGUUCCGACUGUCACUGGCCCUUCCGUCGUGGAGCACCUGCAGUUGAAGGCAUUUCUCCAGCGCCUUCUUCUCCUUCUCAAACCUGUUUUUCUGGAGGCGGUUCGCAGUCGAAUGCCCGCGAUAACCGGCCCGAGGCGCCGGUUGCUCCACCCACUCCGGUGCCCACCGCGCCCCUCGGUGUCUCCUCAGAGACACAGAGACAACACACCAGGGCGGAGGGUGGUUGUCUCUCUCCCGCCGUCGGGUGCGUCGACCUUUCCACCUCUUUCAGCGCGCUCAAAACUCCCCACCGACGCCGACUCGUGGACUGCCUGCGCCUCAGCCUCCAGGCAGGCUCCGGAGCCUCGCGCCUCCUUCAGUCAGGAGCAUGGCCCACCCUUUGAGUUCACACACGAGGAGGCCGCGAGGCUCGCUGGAACACGAUGGGAACGCGGAGGUGAAGCCGCAGACUCUUCUGCUUCCUUGCCGUCGCGCCGGAGUCGCCGGACGCGGCCUGCGAACUCGGAAAACAAUCGAUCGACGGCGCUCUCCUUCUACGACCUCGUCCUGCUCAGUGAGGCCCUCGCAGAGGCGCUGCUGGCGUGUGGCGACCCUGCGGGACUGUCGUCCGUGAGGCGUCCUUCCUGGAGCCUCGGAACAAAGGCUGACACAGCGAAACGACGAGACGCGAAACAGCAGCGAGAAUUGGGAGCGGGCGAGGAAUGUUUCAGAGACGAGGGAUGUUUCGGGUGCGAGGGAUGUUUCGGGAAUACGUCCACGUCUCUCCAAGACCCCAGGCAAGCGCUGGCGAGAUGCCAGGAGGCUUCAACUGUUUCUGCAAACCUGAGAGAAGCAGACGCGAGAGCAAAGACCGCCGAGGAUCUUCCUCCCUUCGCCCCGCAUCCCGGUGCCCACCUGCAACUGGACUCUUCCUUUCUUCUCCAUCCGGCGAUUCUCCUCGACGUCCUCUGGGAUCUUUGUCGAACGCGAGGGAGGGAAGGCGACGCGCCUGCCGCGACGCAAGAUUGUCGAGAAGAGGAGGUCGAUGACGGGAUAGAAAGAGCUGAAAGAGCGCUCGAACUGAUGGUUUUGUGGGGCAAGGAAGGCGACUUUCACAGCUCCAGGCCUCUCCCCUCCUUGUCACUUCUUUUCUCCUUCCUUCUCGGCCAGCGAACAGGCCUGUCUAGGCGCUCUCUGCCCAUGCGUCGACUCUUGGAGAAGCAAGGCGAGAGGCGAGAGACGAGCCGAAGCGACGAGGAAGAAGCUGAAGCCUGGCGAGCCAAAGGAACAGUCAAACCAGGGGACAAGCAAGAGAGCCGCAUCUGCCUCAGGUUGUCCACAAUGAGACUCUCACGAACCUUCCUCGAUGUCGCCCUGUGGGGUUGCAAACAGCUUUCACAUUCGCGCAUUUUUUCAUCCCCUUCUUCAGACUGUCAAUCUUCAUCUCGUUUCCCUACUUCUUCUUCUCGUCUUUAUGCUGGGGAGCCGCCACGCAUGUCCUCUUCCGUUUGUCUCCCUCGAAGACGCCAGCUGCUUCGACUCGCUCUGGAAGUUCUAGCCGAGCACUCGCUUCUCCAUCCUUCGUCGCUGUCAUCCUGUUCUUCCUCUCCUUCCGCAGCGUCUUCAUCUCCUUCAUGCUUUUCUCCUUCUCUUUCUCUUUCUCCUUCUUCUUCUUCUCCCCUCUCCCGCCUUCUCGGCCAUCUGUUCGUUGCUCUGUUGCAGCGUAUGCCCGCGCUCGCUUCUGCGCGUCAGCGAGAAGGAAGCAGUGUCUCGCAGGCGCUGCCGGUUCUGCAAGAGGCGCAGCACGACGGCGAUCUGAGCUGCUCUCUCGUCGCAGAGAGACCCGCCGUCGCAUCCGGCGACGACCUGCAGUUUCUUCUCGCCGUUUGUGCGCUCUGCGUCGCCGUGAGACUCACUGACGCUGUUGGGAUACGCGAGAGCGCAUGUGUGCUCGUUGACUGCCUGCGCGCAGUGAAAAAAGAAUUGGAGCAGAGCGACGCCAACUCAGAGUUUCCCCUGACUGACCGGGACGACGAACUCCGUGAAACCACUGAAGAAAACGAAGAAGUCAGCUGCGCUGUCUUGACACUUCUGCAGGCCACAGUACCCUUGUGUUGUGGCGGAGAAGCUCUGGCGCUCAAGUUGUUGCACCGAAUCGAAGAAAGGCGAAUUCUUUCUCUUCUUUCUGUGCCUUCGCCCUCCUCCGUCCCCAGACGUUCUUCAACAGAAGAUAGACAACUUGGAAAAGACAACGAAGCUUUCUUUCAGGAAGCGAGAGACUCAGAGGGGAGAGAGAGAACGGCGGUGUGCGUCGGAGGUUCGGGAUCCCUCGCCUUUCUCGAAACUGUCGUUCAUCGUUUUCUCGCUUUCUCGUCUCAGAGAACUGGAACGCGUCUUCUUUCUAGGCGAGCUCACCACAUAGAAAAUACGUUGUUCUUGCCUACUCAGCCUUUCCUCUUCUCUCCUUCUUACGUAGAUCACAAUCCCGCGCGUGAUGAAGAACGAAACCGCAGUCGCGGUUGCGAGAGACAACGAGGAGACGAAGCGACAGAAGUCAGAGAGAAAGGAGACAGAGAGAAAGGAGACAGAGAGAAAGGAGACAGAGAGAGAGAGGACAGAGAGGCAGACGCCUCCCGUCUUCUCUCUGGCGCUGACGGUGUACAUCUGUCUCCUGUCUCUCCAAGAGACACAGAUGGUCCCCAAAGGCCUGACACCGAGCCGGCUCCCGCCUUGUCUUUUCCGCCUUCUCUGCGUCUGUCUCGCAUUUCGUUUCCUGCGAUUCUGACUCACGCCUCUCCCUCCUCACGCGACCUCGCUCCGCUAGGUUGGUCAAGCGUUUUCCUUUCUCUCUCUGCGACCCGUCGCGCCUGCGUCCUCGCCCGGUCCAUCCCUGCGCGCAUCGCCGCCGCCCUCGCCGCCGGCGCGGAAACUGUCUUCGCAGAGGAGACAGAGAGCCAGAGUGGGGAGAGACACUGCCGAGGCAGCAAGGCGAAGGCGGGAGAGUGUGGGGGAGCGACUGUGUCAUCUGCGGAGGCGAAAAAGCAAACGUUUUGGAGUCCCCUCGGCGAAGCAGGGGAUUCAGAGCGAAGUCAGCCGGACGGGAUUUACCCGAGGAAGUUGAAGAAGCCAUUGCCUUGCCAGUCCGGCAGACAGGUGCAGGGAUACGACAGAUCGGAAGAAGAAAGCGGUCUUUGGAUAAUUUACUAUGUGAGCGAGAACGACUGUCUUGGGAGCAUAGAGACCGACUCGCAGUCUUGCCGAGUCAAAAGGUGCAAAAGCCGCGUCCAUCCAACACUGCCGGUGUCUCCAAGUCCUCCCUCGCCUUCCCUGUGUUUCUCUUCUUGCUCUUCUUCUUGUGGUUCUGCCUGUUCUUCCUGUUCUUCUGAUUCCUCAUGCUCCGCUACGAGUUCUGCGACCUCUUUUCCCUCGCUCCUCCGACAGUUUCAGUGGCUUCUUUGGGUCCUGUCUCUCACGGCCGGCCAGACCAUACAGACCUUCUCUCAACGAGCUUCUUCUCCUUGUGUCUCUUCGUCUGUCUCUUCGUCUGUCUCUUCGUCUGUCUCUUCGUCUGUCUCUUCGUCUCUCUCUUGUUCUCCUGCUGCGGCUUCGCCUCCUGCGUAUCGGGAGGACGUGCAGCGUACCCAGGUGCUGGCGCAGUGGUGGAAGCAGAGGCGAGAGUUGGAAGCCGAGUUUUCGCGUUGGGUCGGUCGCCUUGAGCGUCGCCUUGGUCUCGCGCUGCUCCUCCUUCGAGGCUGGCCCUCGUUCUCUUCUUCGUUUCCGUCUGCUUCUUCUCCGUCUUCCUCUUCCCUCUCCGAACGAACCUCUCGCUCUGCUCCUUCGUUCUCUCUUACUGGAGAGGGCGAGAGAAAGGAAGAGCGUCUCCUCGAGGCCCUGCGCUUUUGUGGGGUGCUUCUCGCUCGUUGGCUCGCGUCCUGGGCUGCGGAUGAAGGAGACAGCUCUCGCGAGGAAGCAGGGGAGAGACGCGAAGGCGAGAAAGGCGCGUGGCGACAGACGAGCGCGGCGAACUCAGGCCGUCUCCUGAGACCCUACAAGCGUCCCCGUCUCCUCCUGCCCCUCAGGUCCUUUCUGUUCCAACGCGAAACGGGAAGCAGAGACAGGCGCGCCGACAGAGUCCGCGACCAGAGACGAAGAUCCGGAGAACAGAUUCUCGCCAGUCUUGCACAGUUCGCUUUUGCGCUUGCUUCUCUCAAGCUGAUUGUCCGGUGCACUGAGAGAAAAGGGGAUCCCCCCUUCAAGAUUCAGGACUGGCAUUUGCCAGACGGCAACCGGAGAACUGCUUCUCAACGUUUUCCGAGUCGACUUUCUCCCGCUUCGCCAUCUGCCCUUUCUUCCUCCCGUGCGGCGCCGGCCUCGCCUUCUCCGUGGUGCGGCGGAGACUGCCCGCAAGGCGAGCGAAGGCGGCUAGAAAUGCGAGGGGGCGAAGACAGCAAAGCCAGCAGAAACGGACGCCAGCAAGCACAGUCUGAGAAGGAAGCCAGAAGGGAACCGUGGGUGAGGAGUCUCGGCAGUGGUGCAACGGCUGAGGGAAGAGGGCGUUCCCUGACUGAUCUCUUUCGCGAUGAAAUGAUGGUGAUACAGGGCGGGGCCUUUGACUUUUCUCUCGACGAUUUAGGCGACUUUCUCCGCUCACAUGUCUUGCAGCCUCUUUUCACUAGCCCAGGACGCAAAAGCCUGUCUCCACUUGCGGAGCUGAAGCAAGCGGGAGGCCUGAUUCCGCCCUCUGGGUUGUUUGAAACGGUGAGCAGCAUGCAAGCGCAGACGCACCCGGAAAAUCGGAAGUCCGAAGAAUGGAGACGAACCGACUGGAAAGGACGAGACACAGGUGCCGCAGACCUGACAGCCGCAGCAAGGUACGAAUCCACAGGUGGAAAAGACGGAGGAGAAGGCAGUGUAGACGAAGGGAGUGAAAGCGACGAAGGACAACUCUGGAGAGUCCUGGCCUGGACAUUUCUCACUGAAGUUGUAGCCGUUCUUGCUACGCGUUUCUUUGCCUCUCAAACCAGGACGGCAACCGCGUCGCGAGCCUCUUCUUCUGAUGAUUCUCUCGCGUUUCCUCCCUCGCUUCCCUCCCGACUGUCUUCCUCCCCAGUCGUCUCUUCUGCCUCGACGCGUUGUUCCUCCCGUUCGCCGUCCGCGUCCGGAGAGAACUCUGGGCGGCGGAGGUAUCGCGAGGUUAGCGAGCACGGAGCGGCGAGACUCGACGAGAGCAAGGCUGUCUCCAGUGUCUGGUCUCCCCUCCCUGGUUGCCUCCCUUCGUCUCGCCCUGUCGCGCCUCCCUCCUUGCAUUCGGCUUCAGAACGCGGCACAAAAGGCCAGUGUGGUGCACCGAAACGUCCAGCCUGCGGAGAGGCGGGAGCGCGGACAGUCCGAGAGAGAGGAGCGACGGUAGACGAGUGCCUGCAGUGCACCCGUGAAAACCGAGGAGAGGCGGUGAACGGCGCACACACAGAGAGCCUGUCUCGACUGCCAGCAGUCGAGACAAAACCGGAACUUCUUCUCCGGGAAUCUGAAGCACUUGAUCCGUUUCUUGUCGAGGACCCGUCGACGCCUGCAGGCGAAUCUGGACAGCUUCGUCUCUUUUUCGGGGGAGCCGAGAAGCCGCGGUCGCAGUCCCCGAAUGGCGACAGCUACGCAGUCUUCGAAGGCGGCGCAUCGGACGCGACUGAGGGAGACACCUAUCCGUCGAUUCAGCAAAGACUUCAGCCCCGUUCGGCUCCGCCAAGAACCGAGGUGGAGACCCAGCGAGUCCGCGGCGAGGCCGAUCUCCAAGUGAACGCGAGACGACGGGAGCGCCGCUUCUUCGGGCACCCCCGCAGACGAGGCCGGUCGCCUUUCGCCGCCAAUGCGUCGCCGCGAUGCGAACAAGCCACAAGUCUGCAGAUGCCCUCUCUGCGGGCGAUCCUUGCCCGACCUCCCCACUCGAGAACGCCACAGGAAGUCAAAGAGAGAGACGAAAAAGUCGAAGGAAUGCCGGGAAGAGAUGCAGUGAGAGAAGCAGAACGAGGAGAGGGAAGAGCAGCAGAAAGAGAAGAACAAGGCGAGACUGAAGACGGAGAAGAGUGGCUUGUGGCGACAGAGCCGGUUGUGGUAUACGCUGAUCCUUUUUUUUCUCAGCUUCCCUUGGAGGCCUUGCCUGCACUUCGCCUUCAGCGUCUCUGUCGAGGCGGUUCGCCGUUCGUCACAUCUUUUCUUCUCUCGCAGCUCUGGGCGCGACAGCUGUCGCCUUCUCAGGCGCGUCUCUCUGUCGCCACUGUUGGCCCCCCUCCUUUCGCGAGCUCUCCUUGCAAGCCACCCGAUAGACUUUGCGCGACUUCCAGAGGCGCGUCUCCGUCGCCUGCGACCUUUGCUUACCUCAAGAGCGAUUCGGAUGGUAAACAAACGCGUCAUGAAGCAGACGACGCCCCCGGGUGUCUCCAACGUCAAGGCACUCUCGAAGACCGAGCGACAGAAGAUGGAGACACCGAGAAGACACACGAGAGGAAGCGGCGAAAACGCGACACCCGCGAAGUGCACGAGGGGCGCAACGGAGACGGUGAGGAGACACUGAAGGUGAGGUGUGGGGUGGCUCGGCAGUCGCUUCUUGCGCCAGGGUGUCUGUCUCGGAACCUCUGCUUCGUUUCUCUCGCGCCAAGAACCCAAGACCGUCUCUCCGGCGACCGAGCGGCGAGCCUGCGAAAGUCAAGUCUCCACAGGGACGCGGGAGGUCUCGCCCUGUCACUCUUUGAUCUCGACUUAGAGCCGUACAGACAGCUGUGCUGCGUUGAGGCAGCAACGGAGGCGGCGAGAAGCAACGAAGGACAUGCGUUCAAGAAAAACAGGCGGGCAUGCGUGGAGAACCCACGGAGGGGGGCGAGAGUCAGCUGGCCCUCUGAGAGGCGAAGCGGAGACAGUUGGCGAGAGGAAAACGGGCAAGACCUCCCAAAACGAAGGCGAGAAGGCGACGCUCUGUCGCUUCCGACGGGGCGAGAGAGAGGAUUCAGAAGCUCCGAUUGCCGCGAGCGAGUGAAGGAGGGAGCCGGAGACGAUUUACUCGAGAAAAGACAGACAAGCGAAGAACGGGCAAUGUGCAGAAAACAAGAGACUCAACGAGCGUCUGUGAGAGCAUUCAGGUUACGUCUCGGAGCGAGGGGGGCUGUGCUCAGCGCGAGCAAAAGCCGCGUCGCCUUCAGCGUCAAUCCUUCGGGGGACUUGCCGCGCACAAGUCGCGUCUGUCUCCCUUUCCUCCUCGCCGGCGGAGCCUCCUGGACGGGGAAACUCGGUGCCGCGCUCACUGAAAACGAAUGGCUCUUCAGUUUGCUCACGGCGGACGUCUUCCUCUACUGUGGCCACCAAGGCGGCGAGCAGUACAUCCACAGAGACUUGAUUCAGCGGGCGUUCCUUCUCAAGGAAUCCGUCUCCUAUCAGCUUCCAUCUCUUUCUCCUUCUCCGCUGUCAUCUCCGCCUCUCUCUUCCUCUUCUUCUCUUUCGUCUCCUCUUUCGUCUUCUCUUGAUUCUUCUCUUUCUUCUCCAUCUUCUCGGUCUCCGUACCUCUGUGGGCUGCGCGCGGCAGCGCUUCUCUUUGGGUGCAGCAGUGUGCGUUUGACCUCCUUCGGGCCGCUCAGCCCCCCCUGGAGUUUCGCGUUCGAUUUCCUGAUCGGGGGAAGUCCGCUGGUCGUCGGCAAUCUGUGGGGAGUGACCGACGUCGAGGCGGACGCGAUCACCAAGAGUCUCCUCUGGAAGUGGACGCAGGCGCGCGCUUCUCCGUUCAUAGGCCGAGCGGAGCGCCCAGCAGCUUCGGCCUUCUCUCGCGGCGCCGGAAAGAAUGCAGGAAACAACCCCACAGAGCACGGAUCGAACGCAGGGACUCGAGCACCCGCUGCCCCCAGAGCGCAACCUCGAAACUUCAGAGAAGAAAUCGCACAAACUGACUCAAACAAAAGGAAAGGCAGGGAGGCCGACGAACAAGAAGGAGCCGACGCCACAGAAGAAGAUAGCGAGGCAGACGAAGAGGACGAGACAGACGAAGAAGAGAGAGAAGAACGCCGUGAUUGUUUGUGUUCUUCUGUCCGUCUUACCUUGACAGAGGCUAUCAAUGAAGCAAAGCAAGCAUGUCGCCUUCGCCUCUCCACUGGCGCUGCCGCGGUUGCGUUUGGCCUUCCUCUCUGA